AUGCAGCUUUUCCUACAGUGCGACAGGAAAGACGGUCUCUCACUGUUCGAUGUCACGUCUGGCGCCUCUGCUGCCCCAGCUGCCGAUGCUGACAGCACUGUUCGCUCACAGUGGGCCACACGCGAUGCUGCUACCCGUCUUGCUGUGCGUAGUCACUUGCCAUCCUCUGAGCGCGCGCACUUCAGUCAGUACAAGAGUGCUAGGACCUUGUACGACGCUAUAGUCGCACGCUACUCUUCCCCUGCCACAGCUGCCCUUAGCCGCCUCAUGCUGCCGUACCUGUUCCCUGACCUCGCCGUCUUUCCCACAGUCGCUGACCUCAUUACGCACCUUCGCACUAGUGACACCCGCUACCGCGCUGCGCUUCCUGCUGAAAUCUGCGCCAAGAACCCCCCCCCCAUGUACAUCACCCUCUACUACAUAGUCACCCGGCUCCCUGACUCCCUUCGCUCGGUCAGGGACCACUUCCUCUCUGUUUGCCCCACCACACUCACCGUUGACCUCCUCGAGGAGCGCCUCCUGGCAGCUGAGAAAAGUAUAGUCGCUGUAGGAUCCUCUCGUGGUGACCCUCGUGCCCCCUUCUUUGAGGGGUGCUCCUCCUCCUCCCUUUUGCCCUCUGUUGCCUCUGCUGCUGCCGUCAACUUCGAUGGCACCGAGUCGGUCGGCGCUGCGUCUGCCCUAGCGGGAGACGCCGCACCGGCAAGGGCAAGGGGGGAAAGGGCGCUAGAGGGGCUGGCGGGGGCGGUGGAGGUGGCGGUGGAGGCGGCGGAGGGAGUGGGGGUGGCGGUGGGAGUGGUGGCGGGGGUGGGGGCUUCGGUGGCGGCGGUGGAGGCGAAGGCGGCGGCGGUGGCGGUGGGAGCGGAGGCGGCGGUGGCGGAGGUGGCAGCGGCGGAGGUGGAGCUGGUCGGGGUGGCUCUACGCAGCGGGGCGGCUUCGGUGGUGGUCAGCGCCAGCACCAGCAGCGCACUCGUGAGACCCCUCCCCCCCAGCAGCUUCGUGAGUGGUACGCUGCGCGUCAGCGGGGUGGGGGUGCUGGUCCUUGUGCCUACGUCGGAGGUUGCUAUCUUUGAUCUGGAUUAUGAUGCUAUUCUUGCUGCCAUGUAUGUUGUGUCUACUAGUGAUGAGGGUGACUGUUACCUGUGUGUUCCGCCUGACCCGGGCAUUGAGACUGCUGCUCUAGGAGAAGGUGACGCUGCUGCUCUAGGUGCUAGUGCGUCUACUGCCCCAGGUGCUAGUGAGUCUGCUCUCUCAGUCUAA